AUGCCUUCGAGAAUGAAAUUCCAGAUGUUUCAGAACGGUUCACGUGAGUUCUCGGCUCAUCUCGAAAUCGGAUUCCAUCCGCUGGUAAUCACAAGCAGCGACCGGCUGUUCUCUGUGAAAUGUAUUGAUAACUCGCAUUCGCCUGUAACGACGCUCGCUGAAAGAUUUAGUACUUGUUCACAUUCUGUACGUCUGACAUCUCGAUGGGAAAGCAGUACUGUUUUUCAUGUCGGAGACGCUGUUAUUCAUGAGUGGAAAUUUUUAGAGGCGCAGAAAUAUCAAACGUUCCUCACAAGUUGCAAUGCAGUUUCGAGCUCCGGUCAAGUCCUACACCUGGUGGAUGAGAAUGGAUGCAUCGUGGAUUCCGAACUCAUUGGGGAAAUCGUCUACAAUAGUUUUAUACCAAAAGUGUUUGCACGAGCUCGAAUGUUCAAGUUGAUGAACAGCGAAAAGUAUCGUAUAAAGUGCAAUAUUCAGAUAUGUGGUAGUGAUAGUGUCUGCAAGAAUCGAACCUUUGUGAGUUCACUAUUGUACUAUAUUCAUUUCGUUUUUCGAUUGCAUACUGUAUCAUGUCAACAAAAGUUUAAAUCUCUGCCUCAACCAUUUCGAUUUGCAAAUUUUCGCGAUUGGCUAUUGGACGACAGAACGAUAAAUGAAAGUGAUAUACACCACGAACGUCAGCUCGGAUGUUCAAAUGCCACCAUCAUUGCCUCUCAUCGAAAUUGCUCAUGGUCCGGUAUUGAGCAUCUUCUAGUUGUGUGGUCAUUUACUUCUCUUCUUUUGUGGAUUAUUAUGAUAGCCGUUUGUUUCUACCGACAAACCAAUAAGCCCACAUGGGCGGAAUUUCGAGAACGGGAGCUGCAACGCAUGACACAGGCGCGAGUCAUUCAACACGACCAUCCGUGGAUUCACACCGAUGCAUUUGAGGAGACCCAAAAUAGAAAAAAAAACCACUUUUUGUAG